ACCGUGUUCCGCCAGAAAGGGAGUGUCACGUAUCGCAUCCCAGCUCUGCUCUACCUGCCCUCGGAGUCCACCUUCCUGGCGUUUGCAGAGGAGCGCUCCUCACACCGGGAUGAACAUGCCAAGUUCUUGGUGAUGCGACGCGGGCAGAGAGAAGGCACGUCUGUCAAGUGGAGCCCCCAGGAGUCUCUGGAGACAGCCGUGCUACCCAACCAUCGCAUCAUGAACCCAUGUCCAGUGUACGACAAGAAGAGCGGCUUAGUUUUCCUCUUCUUCAUCUGCGUCAAGGCCAAUAUUUCGGAGCAGCACCAGCUUAGAACAGGAAGGAAUGCGGCCAGGCUGGGAUACAUCGCCAGCCAAGAUGGUGGCCACACGUGGAGCCCCAUGAUAGACCUGACUGAGCAGGUGAUUGGUGACGAAGUGAGGAAGUGGGCUACCUUUGCUGUGGGACCAGGCCAUGGAGUGCAAUUGAGUUCGGGACGCCUGGUGAUCCCAGCCUACGCCUAUUACAUCCGCAACUUGUUGUUUGGCUGCUCCUUCCCAUGUUGGAUCAAGCCCCAUUGCUUGAGUUUCUACAGCGAUGAUGGUGGGCAAACUUGGGCCCGGAGUGGGCUUCUCAAGGCCUUGGAGACGUCUGAGUGUCAGAUGGCUGAGGUGACCUGCCAGGACGACAGGAAGGUGUUAUAUUGCAAUGCCCGAAGUUUGCACAAAUUCCGGGCUGAGGCCCACAGUGCAGAAAACAGUCAUGAGUUUGCAAAUCACUCCUUUUGCAAAGAAUUGUGUGAACCGCCACAUGGAUGCCAAGGAAGCGUAGUGAGUUUCUUUCCGAUGCAAGGGCCCUUGGAUCAGAGUCAAACGAGGGAUCUAAAGGGGUUAACUUCUCUGUUGGACGCUUCUCCAUCCUCUGCUUCCUCAGAGCGUCCCAAAUCAUGGCUGAUGUUCUCCCAUCCCACCAGCAGAAAGAAGCGUGUGGAUCUGGGGAUCUACCUAAAUACCUCUCCAAUCAAGGAGGGCAGCUGGAAGUCUCCUUGGGUCUUGAAUAAAGGACCCAGUGGGUACUCGGACCUGGCUGUAUGUGAAGAGGGAGAAUCACUCAUGUUUGCCUGCUUGUUUGAGUGUGGAGCAUCCAGGGAAUAUGAGGAGAUCGCUUUUCACCUCUUCACUCAUGAUGAGCUCCUGAGGAACGUGAAGGACAGCUGCUCUGCUGCUGCGUCUUCCUCAACAGAGUAGCUCUCCAAAUUUUGGGGUGGUUCAGCACUUGGCAUCAAACUGUGAGGCUCCUAUCCUUUCUUCCCUGUACCUUCUGUAUGAAGCUGUUGGCUUUUAAUUCCAAGAUAGAGAUGUUAAGAGGUGGCUCUCGGGAAUGCCAAACAACUGUCCAGUUUCUCCUCUUCAGAAGAACACCAAGUGCCUCCUGCUUUUGUACACUUCAUUGAAUAGAUUCAAAGGCUGGUCAAAAUUGUAAGACUGAUCGUUAAGAUUUUACUGAAGGAUUUACAGCUCAUGGAUGGAAUUUGCAUUUUGGUUAUCUGCUGGUUUCCUCUUCUGCAUUUUCAAGAAGCUUUGAGAUGCUUAAAAGUGGGUGAGCAAUGCCUGCAUCUCAACCUCAAUGGGUAAUUCUCUCCUGCAGAAAACACCAGCAAACUGAUGGCCUCUUGAUUUCAGAACCACUUCCAUGGAGUCUUGUCAUUCACCUUUUUAAAAAAAAACUGUAUUUGAAUUUCAAAAAUUUACAUCAUGCAGGUUGGUUUUAACGUGCCCAUAAUGUUUGUUACAAGCCAUUGGCAGGCUGCUUAUGUAAAAAACGAAAUUGCACCAUUCCUUGUAAAACAACGAUCCACCACUUUGCCUUGUCCUACAGUGGAUGUUAUCAGAGACUUUUUCAAGUAACGCUGUAGACAAGAUCUUAUCCUCCAUCUGUCCACUUAAAUAUUAUCCAGAUAUUUCCAUUCUUUGGCUCAAAUAUGGAUAGCAAACUUAGUUCUGGAGAGAACGGAAUCUUUUGCUUAGGGAUGUAAAACAUUUCUUUAAACACAUUCUUCCAGAAAUCUGGUACUUUAUCGCAUUUCCACCAAAGAUAAAAGUAUGUUCAUCUCCAUUUACAAACCUGCCAGCACAUCAUUGCAAGAAUCUCAGUUCUGUGUGAGAUUCUUCUUGGGUUGAUGCCACCAGUUAAGACGUAUUUCCCCAUGGAUAUAAAUUAAAAUAUUCAGAAUGCUACCCGAGAGACUGCAAAGUCAUCUAAGCUGCUUUUUGGUUUGCUAUAGUUUCGCUAUAAUCUACUUCACAUAAGAUUGGAUAAUUGUUUGAAAUUAUGCCCUUAGGUUCUGGGGAAAAAAUUAACCUUAAUUUUUCAAAAAGUGGUAGGAGUCAAUUUCCAAUUUUCAUCACUUUUUAAUCUUGUAAUACUGAAUUGACCUGACACCAAAGGAGCCAUGCAACUUUUUGUUCUAGUUAUUCAACUUUUACUAAAGUAUAAGUUUUGGAGUUCUUGUAGAAACGUUCUAUUCUGUAAAGACCUUUAUCCUCCUCACAGUUUUUGAACUAACAUUUAACAACCCCCAACGUUGGGUUAUGGGCCCCGCGUAUCAGCCCAGGAGGCUGUCUUACAGCCAAGAAACUGCUUGCACGUUUUAAAGAAAAGGCUCAGUUCAGAUUUCUUUUUCUUUUUCUCUCC